AAGAUUUGAAACACAAGUGCAAGGUCUUCUGAUUGAACUAGUGUUUUCUUUGCAAUGCCAGGCCAGAUUCGAGUGCUGGACUUUGGCGAUGGCUCCGAGCCCCUCCAGUUGGACUAUCCAGACUCGCGGAUCUUCAGCAACUGCUCCAGCUACGGCGACCGUGUACUGGGUACCAGCUGGAACGAGAUCACCGUGCACCAUCGCGGUCAGCUGAACUACCUGGAGAAUCCGCAGCAGACGAUCAUGGAGGGUCUGUACCAUGCGGUGGAUGGUGCAGAGUUCUAUCCGGUGUUCUACCAGGACGGUAGCAGGGCGGAUACCUUUCUGGUCCGCAACUGCAAGGCGGCCAUCGACAACCUCUUCAAUCUGAAUCUCACCAUCAGCCUGGACAGAGGCGCCUCCAUCCCCAUCAGCGUCCAGCUGGGCGUGGCCGAAUACCGGGUGAGCCAGAUAUCGCCGCCAUUCCUCAUCGCCCGGGUGGUCAGCCAGCUGUUGACUCGGCUGGUGAAAAGGGACGGCGUGGACGGACUGCUCAACCUGGACAAUUUUGGGGCCCGUCCGGAGUUCUGCAAUAUAGUCGUGAGCCUGGGCAAUCCGAGCAUUCUGAUGAACGUGUGUCAGGUAACGAACGACCACGCAAGCUUCCGGGUGAACGGGUUCAUAUUGUCUAACAACCACAUCCGCAAUGUUCGACCCCUGACUCUGUUCUCCAAUGUGGACUAUGCAUUGCUGGACCUGAGUGGCAACAAGAUCAAGUCAGCCGAUCGCUUGUGCCGCGCCCUCGAGCAAUUUCGAGCCACAGAACUGAAAUUGGAUAAAAAUCCCAUUGCUAGGAGUAACAACUUUCCGGGAAACAUCAGGUCGUUGGAGAAGAACUUCAAGGUUGUGAAUGGUGUGCCCUUUAAAAAGCUGCACAAGGCGUUUUCCCCUCUGAAUAAUGAAAUCGAUUUGGAGACGGAUGGAUCGCGACUCGACGCAAAUAACAUGUGGAAGCUGUCAGAGUAUGAGAACAGUCAGGACUGGCAUGCCUUUAUGGUACCCGAUCCGCAUCACGAAUUCAGCAAGGACUUGUUCUUUGACUAUUUCUUCAUUAGCGUGGAGCCGGACUUGAGCGAGUUCUACCCCUGCUACUACAAGUAUAUAGAAACAGAACACGUAUUCCUCGUACGCAAUUGCUAUGAUCAGAUUGCACACCUGGUGAAUAAUUUCAAGCUGGAGAUGUGCGUUCCGUCGACAAAUAACUCAAAUGAGGAGCGAUCUGUCAGUUACUACCUGCGCAUGAACGUGGCCACUUUUAAACAGCAUCAUGUCGACCCGGAGCAGUGCAUUCAGAAGGCUGUCCAGCGUUGCUAUGUGCCCCAAAAUCGGCUGCUCAACCUCGACCGGUUCCAAUCCAACGAGUGCCUGCAGGAUGUGGUUGUGCCACUGGGCAAGACCAAUGUUUUGGCCCACAUAUUGUCGGUGGCGUCGCGGCAGUUUAUGACCACCUGCUCGGAGAUUCGCUUGUGCCGAAACAAGAUCUUGGGCGUGGAGAAAGCCUAUGUCCUCCGGCGGAUGGGCAAUCUGCGUGCCGUGGAUCUGAGCCAUAACUGGGUGUUUGAGCUGACAAUGAUCAAGUCCCUGGGUGAGUUGCCACUUAAAUCCUUGGUACUCCACGGGAACCCACUCUGCCGCAAUUACCGCCUGCCCAGUGAGUAUGUCCGGGCGGUCACGGAGCUGUUUCCGCAGCUGACCACCUUGGAUGGCGUGGAUCUGCAGACAAAUCCCGGCCAGUCGCCGCAGAAGAACUUCCUCUGCGAUACAGGCGCCUACGAGUUGGUGGGCGAAGUCUUCCUCAAAAACUAUCUGCUGGAGUUUGAGCGUGAGGAGGACCGCUGGAAUCUGAGCAAAUACUACUCCGAAGACUCGCUCUUUACCUUGACUUGCAACUACAGCUACAACAUGAUCCAGAACCACCAAACUGGCCCAAUGAUGCAGCGCAUAUCAGCAUACCGCAAGCACGCUCGAAAUCUGCACAGAAAUGACCUGUCGAAUGCUGCCAAUGGCGUGUACGUGGGCUUCUCCGAGAUCAUGGAUGUGCUGAUGGCACUGCCCCGGGUCAGCCACGACUUCCACUCCCUGCAGACGGACGUGAUGCACUACGAUGGACAAACGGCGAUAAUCUACGUGACCGGUCUGCUCCGUGACGAGGCACCUGGCGGCUCGAAAUCCAUCGGUAAUGUCUUUCUGGGCUUUAGCCGGCAGUUCGUGGUCAAGUUCGAUGGAGAUGGCCUGGGCUUGGGUAAAAGAGCUCGCAGGCUGAAGAUAACAAAUGAGCGUCUAAACAUAAUGAAACCCUCGAGCAGUAUGAUCAAAAACGCUUUCAGUGUAAACUAUCCAGACCCAAGUGAUCGUUUGUUGGAAGAGGACUCCCUGGACGUGAAGGACCACAAGCUGCUUCUGUUCCAAGAGGUAACCGGCCUCAUUUCCACCUGGUGCACAUCGAUUGUUGAGGAAGCCGAGUGGGACUUCGAGCGAGCCCUGAAGUUGUUUAUCCAGAAGAACGCAGACAAGGAGAUCCCCGAUGUAGCCUUCGCUUAAACAUUAGUAUUUAUCGGUUUCCAUUAUCUUCCAAUUCUAAUUUUUUAAACUGUAAGAGGCCUGAAAACUAUUUUUAUGUAUGUUGCUAAGGGCCCCAAAGAGCC